ACAGUUAGGCCACCCUUGGGGAUGGCCUCAAAGAGCCAGAUCUCAUGGACCAGAUUCUUUGGCUAGUGAAUGACUGAGCUCCAACUACCCUCUGUCCUUGUGUAUCUUACUCAAUAUUCAGGUUUCUGUAAGACCAGAUUGGAUUGCUUUAGCUGCUGUGGAGGUGGAGGAUAGAGUAUUGUGAUACACAAUCCCACCAAAGCCUUAUGAGAUGUGGGAGAGUCAGUUUUCCAAAGGAUGGAGGGCUAAGGAGAAAAGUGAUGCCAGGCAGAGAAAAUCAGUUGUUGUUUAUUAGAACUGUGUAGCCUUUAUAGAGGACUUAGUAUGGGCUAGGCACUAUGGUAUAUUAUUUAUGUGGCUUUUGAUAUUUACCCUCAACAGCUCUAGGAGGUAGGUAUGAUUGUAGCAUAUUCGUUUUACAGAGGAGGAAACGAGCUUAUAGAGAUAAAAUAAUUUGCUUAGUCUUAACAAAACUAGGAUGUGUACAAUUGAGUACAUUGCGUUAUUUUCUCUUUAUCUUGUCCCUUUGAAUUAUUUCCUUAUCCAGGUGCCACUUCUGUUUCUUCACAGGGAGUGGUCAUCAGCUUUGGUGUAUGUGUUGGCAGGUUCUGAAAUCUCCUUGAAGCAACUCAGAUUAAAGACGAUCAAAGCAACAGAGUCUUUGCCAACUGGAGAAUGGACCGAUUGGGUUCCUUUAGCAAUGAUCCCUCUGAUAAGCCACCUUGCCGAGGCUGCUCCUCCUACCUCAUGGAGCCUUAUAUCAAGUGUGCAGAAUGUGGUCCACCUCCUUUUUUCCUCUGCUUACAGUGUUUCACGCGAGGAUUUGAGUACAAGAAACAUCAAAGUGAUCAUACUUAUGAAAUAAUGACCUCAGAUUUUCCUGUUCUUGAUCCCAGCUGGACUGCUCAAGAAGAAAUGGCUCUUUUAGAAGCUGUGAUGGACUGUGGCUUUGGAAAUUGGCAGGAUGUAGCCAAUCAGAUGUGCACCAAGACCAAGGAGGAGUGUGAGAAGCACUAUAUGAAGCAUUUCAUCAAUAACCCUCUGUUUGCAUCUACCCUGCUGAACCUGAAGCAAGCAGAGGAGGCAAAAACUGCUGACACAGCCAUUCCAUUUCACUCUGCAGAUGACCCUCCCCGACCUACCUUUGACUCCUUGCUUUCUCGGGACAUGGCAGGAUAUAUGCCAGCUCGAGCAGAUUUCAUCGAGGAGUUUGACAAUUAUGCAGAGUGGGACUUGAGAGAUAUUGAUUUUGUCGAAGAUGACUCGGACAUUUUACACGCUCUGAAGAUGGCUGUAGUGGAUAUCUAUCAUUCCAGGUUAAAGGAGCGACAAAGACGAAAAAAAAUUAUAAGAGACCAUGGAUUAAUCAACCUUAGGAAGUUUCAGUUAAUGGAACGACGAUAUCCCAAGGAAGUCCAAGAUCUUUAUGAAACAAUGAGGCGAUUUGCAAGGAUAGUGGGGCCGGUGGAGCAUGACAAGUUCAUUGAAAGCCAUGCAUUGGAAUUUGAACUCCGAAGGGAAAUCAAAAGGCUCCAGGAAUACAGGACGGCAGGCAUUACCAAUUUUUGUAGUGCCAGAACCUAUGAUCACCUCAAGAAGACUCGAGAAGAGGAACGCCUCAAACGCACCAUGCUCUCUGAGGUCCUCCAGUACAUCCAGGACAGCAGCGCCUGCCAGCAGUGGCUCCGCCGGCAGGCUGACAUUGAUUCUGGCCUGAGUCCUUCUGUUCCCAUGACUUCGAAUUCAGGUAGACGAAGUGCACCGCCCUUGAACCUCACUGGCCUCCCUGGCACAGAGAAGUUGAAUGAGAAAGAAAAGGAGCUCUGUCAGAUGGUGAGGUUGGUCCCGGGAGCCUAUUUAGAAUACAAAUCUGCUUUAUUGAACGAAUGUAACAAGCAAGGAGGCUUAAGACUGGCACAGGCAAGAGCACUCAUCAAGAUAGACGUGAACAAAACCCGGAAAAUCUAUGAUUUCCUCAUCCGAGAAGGAUACAUCACCAAAGCCUGAGGCUCCCCAGGAGUGUGGCGGGCCAAAGGACCGCACGGCCUUUCUGGAGCCUUGUUUUUGAACUGAAGUGUCAUUGUGAAAAGAGGGGAAGAACAAAGGAAAUCUUCAGUUUUAUUAAUGUCUACUUUCUUCUCCACCCUGCUUUAAAAUACUCUUGUUGUUGGUAUUGUGCUGCAGAAUUAUGUGCUAGAUAAGCUAUUGUUAAUUGUGUGUGGGCAUUCAUUCCUAACACCUCUUGUAACUAAAACAAGAACCAUAGUACCUCACAUCACAGUGUUAGUAGAAAUAGAACUAAACCAGUCUGUAAUCCCAGGAGUGCAGCUCAGAUUCUUGUACCUGCUUGGGAGGUUGGUUUUCUGAUUAUGUUUUGCCUUCAAACGUUACAGACAGAUUUAAAAUAAAGAGGUUAUAGUGAGAGAAAGUUUUCUCUUUCUGUUUGAGGGUUUCUUUUUAAGCUGACAACUUAUGUUUUUGAGUAGAAAGGAGGAAAACCUCCCCAUGAUGAUCUUGUCCCAAACUGUAUUUGGAACUUGAAUGUCUGGCUCUGUAAUCUGCAGUCUGACUGUCUAAUCUGCAGAAGACUUUUGAGGAGGUAGCAAUGGAUAUAAAAUGUCUCUGUUAUUUUUAGAAUUGAUUAAAAUGUUUUGCUACUUAA